AAAGUAAUGUCUUUGCAUCACUUAAAAUCAUUCUUCUUUUUGAAUGUAGCUACUAAGGGUCUUCAUUUGUUGUUGAAAAUCUCAGAGUAGUUAUAGGAAUUUAAAGCUGAUAAUCAGACAAUCGCGAGUAAUAAAACGAACUGUGUUUUAAGUAGCUUAGGUAUACACUAUCGGCAAUACACAGGUUCACUAGGUCUGAUCAUUAACAAGGCCGGUUCCUGGGUGUACCAACGUCGGGUCCAUCCCACACAGCCCAAUCUCCCACAAUGCAACAGGCAACAAAAGAGGGGAGAGGACGGCUGCAGCACAAAAAGGGGGAAAGUUUCUUAAAUGCAGACUAGAAUCAGAUCGGGAAAAUAAUGCAAGCGAUUGCAGCAGGUACGAUUUCUGCAGACUGAGAGCAAACGUAGUUCUUUUUUUUUUUUUUUUUUUCCUCGAGUCGCGCGUGCACACAAGCGCACGGGAUCCUCGGACGGCUCGCGAGUGCGGAGGCAACAUGAAGGGUGACGCUAGUUAGCUAGCUGGCUAACUCUGAAUCCGUCCAAGUAUUUCGAUUAAAAGACAGCUUCGGCGAAGCUCCGAGUAAAACGAGAGACUGGGGUGUCUGCUGGAGUCACCAUAUGACUGGACAGCUGGGAUAACAUUUGCACUUUGUUGGUGGAGCACAAAAUUCCCUCAGUCAGGAGGGACAUCAGGAUGAAGAAGAUUAGCCUUAAAACGAUAAGAAAGUCAUUUAACCUUAAGGGCAAAGAGGACGGUGAGCUAGUGAUCCAGCAGCCAGUGUUGGCAGCGGAUUUUAAGGACGACGCCCUGUUCGGAGGGUGCUACAGCAAAGACCUCGCGAAUUGUGACCUGGGCCGCGACGAUGACAAGGGGCCCAAGAGUCGCUCCAAGAGUGAGAGCUUGAUGGGGACGCUGAAGAGGAGGUUGUCGGCGAAGCAGAAACCGAAAGCCAAAGGGGGCUCCCUCUCUGCAGACUCCGUCGACGAGGACACCUUCUCGUCCUCCUCGGCGCCCAUCACCUUUAACGACGCCAAGGCCCAGCGGCCUCUACGCUCCACUUCGCUCCGCAGCCACCAUUACAGCCCCUCGCCCUGGCCCCUGCGGCCCGCCAGCUCCGAGCAGACCUGCAUCCAGAUGGAGGUGAAAGUGAAGGCCUUGGUGCACACUCCAAGCCCCAGCCCGUCCAUGAACGGCGUGCGCAAGGACUUCCAUGAUCUUCAGAUGGAUGGGCUGUUCCCAGGUUCCAGUGACGCGCUGAAGAGCGCCGACCCUCUAAAUGGGGACCUUCAUCUGGAUAUUGACCAUGUGCCUGUAGAACUGGGCCUCACCCCUCAGGAUUACAUUCAGUACACUAUGCCUUUGGAUGAGGGCUUGUUUCCUGUGGAGAGCUCGCGGUCCUUCUGCUUGGACAGCUCCUCACCCAUGGAGGUGGUGCCACCACUAGAGAGCAGCUCCCUGCAUGUAGAUGAUGGGGCAGGAGAUCCAGAUCUGGUGAUGUCCCCAGAGCUCUUCAUGGACUCGUCGUUAAAUGGGCUACUGAUGGGCGUGGCCAGGGGGGGCAUGGAGAGUGCUAGUGCACAGACCCAGCCCCCGUCACCCCUGCUACCUCUCCUCCCUGUCAGUCACACCCACAGGAACUUCCCCGGGUUCACUGGGGCUGACCCUCAGGUGGCAGAAAGGGUGAGGCACCAUCUUAACUUUGACCCUAACUCUGCGCCUGGUGUGGGACGGGUUUAUGAUGCAGUCCAGAGCAGUGGACCCAUGGUCGUGACUAGCCUGACAGCAGAACUGAAGAAACUGGCUCGACAAGGCUGGUACUGGGGCCCGAUCACGCGUUGGGAAGCUGAAGAGAAGCUGGCGAGUCUGUUAGACGGUUCCUUUCUGGUGCGCGAUAGCUCAGAUGACCGCUACCUCCUGAGCCUGAGCUUUCGUUCUCAAAGUAAGACUCUCCACACGCGGAUCGAGCACUCCAACGGCAGGUUCAGCUUCUACGAGCAGCCAGAUGUGGAAGGUCACACUUCCAUAGUAGAUCUCAUUGAACAUUCUAUAAAAGACUCAGAAAACGGAGCCUUCUGCUACUCAAGGUCACGCCUACCGGGGUCAGUGACCUAUCCCGUAAGACUGACCAAUCCUGUGUCCCGGUUCAUGCAGGUGCGAUCACUGCAGUAUCUAUGUCGCUUUGUUAUUCGCCAGUACACCAGAAUUGACUUGAUUCAGAAAUUGCCUUUACCAAACAAAAUGAAAGAUUACUUGCAGGAGAAGCAUUACUGACUCCAGUGAGGCUUAUAGGACUUUUGGGCAAUUUGCACUUUUGGGAUCAAAAAUACAAUAAAAAAAUAUUUUACAUUCAUGGACAUUGUUUGGUGCCAUCCCUUUCUGUGAAGAUUUGGUGACUUUUUGUGUGUGCGAUUGUUCAGUGUCCGGCUCUCCCUUUAGCUAGAACAGGUGAAUUUGCUGUUUCUCAGAUCCGGCUUUACUGAGAAUGAAGAGACUAGACCAGUCUAGGAAAAUUGUUUGCAUGACUGUAAAUAAGCAUCGAGUAUCAAAUUUGGUCGUGAGGAACGUAGUUUAGUGAAAUAAAAGCCAUACAAAGAAAUCCUUCAUAAUUCCCUUUUCCCAAAACAACCAAAGCACACUGGAACGCUGGAUUCUGCUGGAAAGGGGCAUUUGAUCUGGUACGAUUAAAGCAUAGAACAAACCAUUUGGUAUAUAUUUUUUGCCCCUUAGUUCUAAGUACAUAAAGGUAAAGACCAGUGGUCUGUUUAGACUUUGAUUUCUAUCAUAUAUCCACGUGUUAGACGUUGCUUUUGAAACAUCGUUCUUUGCCGCUGUCAUCAUCGAACUGAGACACAGCUCUGUGCGUGCUGCUUUCCUAGCUAAAGGCUUGAGAUACUGAAGAAGAUGCUUGUUGGAUUUUACCCUUGGCACCAAUUCAUGCCAUCCUGUUUGUAUUGCAGCCACUCUGUAGAUGCUGCUAUUUGGCAUUUUGGGGGAUGUUAAUGCACAGUUGGCUGGUUUUGACAUGAGACUCUUCCUUUUGAUUUUAUACUGCUUACAUCAUGGCCUUAAUGUGUCCUCUGGUGACCAGCAAAAUACCUAAACUUGAGUGGGAGAUGUUAAUGUUGAAUGGGUAAUUUAACCCCUUUCAGCUCAGCCUGUUUGAAAUUCCUUUUGGCUCCAUGAUGGGGGGGGCUUCUUUUCAGUGACGCUUUCAUCCGCACACAGGGUAAUCAUUACCAGCAACUUUUGCAUUGAGGUGUGGUUAAAUAUGCACUAUAACUAUCUUGGCUUGAGAGUAAUUUCUAUGAAUAUUGGGAUUAAACAUAAAUAUUUGUAUAAGUUUCAACAAAUUUUGCUGAGGUUUCAGUAUCAUGGUAAUAUCUCUCGAACUGGGACUGUUUAGCUGAUUGUAUGAACACCUUUGCUUGAACUGUAUAUUCAAGCACAAUGUUUGGUUUACUUGGUAGCUAAAUUUACAGUUUCUGCAAACUCUCAGUGCAGCAUUUUGGAUAUAAAGCAGCGGUUGUCCCUGCAGGUUUUCGCUGUUGAACAUGUAGCGGAUCUGGAAACACCAGAGGAAAUUUAUUGCACGAGGAAAGAGCAGGUCAAUGGAGUGUUAGUGUUAAAGCUUCUAUUGCUGCUCAAAAUAGCAAACCUACACAAUACACCCAUUCUGAAAAAUUGUCAUUAAAUGUAGAGAAAAGGCUUAUGUAGCCUCAAUGCGUAUUUUUGUAUAUAAAGGCCUCAAAGCAUGUUUUGGAAUCUGACAUUCUGCAGCACUUGCUUUUUAGCUGGCGUUUUUUAUUUUUUUUUUCUCCUCAAAUGUUAACCACACUGGUCACAUACAUUCUCGUCUUGUUUCCCAGAAGUCAUUGCUUUUAAAUAUGUUAUGAUAAAAAAAAAAAAAAAUGUGAUCUUGAUUAAAAUGGUCCCUCACCUGUUGUGUAGGUGAAUCUCUUGGUUUUCACUGAGAUGCAACAAAAUUUAACUUUCAGUCUGGGAAUAGUGGAGCAUUCAGAAUGGGCUCUCCAUUUGGGAGUCUGGUUUGUGACCCUUUUCUGUAGUGAUAUUUGACAUAGUGCAACUCCACGUUAAGAUGGGUUAUGAUUGGGUAACUCAGCAAUGCAUUUUCCUCCUUUCUGGAUUCUGCCGUGAGGAUAUAGUUCCUGUUCAUUGUUCUUAAUUGCAUUUUAAAACCACCAUUGAUGUCAGUUACCUCAUGAGUAAUUAUCUUUAUGUGACAGAUUACAUCAUUAUUGCUCCCAAAUGGUUUCAGACUUCCUACCACAUUUUAGUGGAAAUGUUGGGCAAACUGGCUUCGCUUAAUAAGAAUAGAAAUACCGGAACAAUAGCUGUACAUGCAAAAUUUUUAGGGAAUGUUUUGAGGAAUUAGGUUACUCAUCUCCCCUUCAGUUUUUGAGUUUGAGAAAGUUUGCUAUGGAUGAGCUUGGCUGUGGUGUUGAUUUUGUGUGUGUGUGGUAAGACCACAAGAAAAAAGGACUGAUUCUAUAAUCAGCUAAACCUCACAUAAACCGUAAGUUAUAUGGAGCGACGUAACAACUAAAUGUAUGGAAUCUUGUGGAAUGGUUUUGUCUGUGAAAAGGCCGUUUGGCAUGGCGUUGGGGUAAUGCUUUUACUUUGAAGGUGUGCUGUGAGAUGUUUGAAGGUGUCAUGGCCAGGUGUGGGGGGGGGAUAAAAGCAUUUCGUGUGUGUUGGUCGACUGAAGCCGAUCUCAGAUGCAACAGAGAUGCAAAACUGUGGUGAAUGAAAUGAAUGAAUGAAAAGUGCAGUGGUUUUGGUGAUGCCCGUCAUUUUCUGACACCAUGUCCGAUGAGUGCUGACCUGCACGAGGAAGGCUGCAGGCUGUUCGAAUCCUUUGUGUGUUAGCUGGCUGACGUAUGAAGCACAAAGCUGUUUUCUCAUCGGACAAGCUGUGUUUCUCUUGUUUUAUACUUUGGGUCGAAAUCAAACGUUUACAUAAUUUACAUUCAGUAAUUGUUUCCCUGAACUUUAAUUUCAUAAAUGAUUUGGUACAGUUUUUUCUCCUUUAAUUUGUGCUGCUUGACUAUAAUGGCCUUUUUAUGACAAAAAUGAAUGUUAAUUUCAAAUGUAUGUGGAAAGACUUGGACAGUGUGAGAGAAUAGGAUCUGUCAAUUUGCAAAACGGUUCAGUUGACUGGAUAAUGGUUGUGCCAUUUAGAAAUUUCUGUAGUUUACAUUUUAUGCGUUGUGUGUGUGUGUGUUUGGGGAAUAUUUCAGUUUGAAUUGUCCUUUUUCCUUUUUUUUCCUUUUUGGAAAAGGUCUUUAUUGAUUUUUCUUGCACAUUUAAUACAGUUUAAAGGAGUUUUGUAUCUGCUGAUACAAAAUGUAAAUAAAAAGAACUUCUUCACAA